UUUUAUCCGCCAAUGUCAGAAUCCGUUAACACUCAAACGCGCCGUUUCACGUUCAAUGCAAAAGCUCCCUUAUCCCCUUUCCCCUCCAAAACCCUCAUCUAUACCCUCCGCAACUGCAACUGCAACUGCAACUUCUCUCUCUCCUUUCCAUGGCUUUUACUUUCACUUCGCAAUUGCACGCUCUUUCUUCUCACCUCAGCUUUCUUUCUUUCACAUCCUCCGCUUUUAAACCCAUCCCUUCCAUUUUGAAAUUCCCAUUUCCCUCCCCUCGUAAUCCACCUCCGCCACUCGCCAUCCGCCCAGACGGUAAAUUUUACCCAACCCCGUCCGAAGAUGACCCGCCUGAAGCCCCGGAAGACUCCGCUCAUGGAGUAUCAAAGUUCGCCCAAAUCCACAUCCAGGCUGCUCGUGCCCGGAAAAUUCAAGAAGAGGACUUCAAAAAGAAUCAGUCAACAUAUCUCAACGCCAUUGCCGAGACAGAGGACCCAUCUGUAAGUUCUAAUUCUGCAAGUGACAAGAACUCUGGUGAUGAUCUGUUUGGUGAGAUAGAUAAGGCAAUUGCGUUGAAGAGGGAAGAAUUUAUUAAGCAAGGACUUAUAAGACCAAGAACCAAUAAAGAAAAUGAAGAACUUGAGGGAAUCGAGGAAUUAGAACUUGAAGAAGUAGUCGAUUUAGACGAGAUUAAUGAGUUACAGGGGCUUAGAGUGGUAGAUGCCGAGUCUGAUGAGGAUGAUGCAAGUAGUUUUGAUGAGGGUAUCAGGGAAAACGGCAAAAGGGAACAUCGUGGUUUUACUUUGGAUCCGUCUUUUGAUUUGGAUUUUGACAGUUAUGGGAAAGGUAAGACCACUAUUAUAGAACCGAAAUUUAGAAUGAGUUUGGCUGAGCUUUUGGAUGAGAGUAAAGUGGUGCCAGUUUCUGUUGCUGGGGAUUUGGAGGAGGAGAUUACUGGGAUACAGCAUGACUCAAGAAUGGUGAGUGCUGGUGAUUUGUUUGUGUGUUGUGUGGGGAGGAGAACUGAUGGACAUUUGUAUUUGACCGAGGCUGAUAAGCGAGGAGCUGUUGCGGUUGUGGCUAGUAAGGAGAUCGAUAUAGAGGACACUUUAGGGUGUAAGGCUUUAGUGAUUGUGGAAGAUACUAAUGCUAUUUUGCCUGCAUUGGCUGCAGCUUUUUAUAAGUAUCCUUCAAAGAACAUGGCUGUCAUUGGGAUAACUGGGACAUAUGGAAAAACCACAACAGCUUAUUUGAUUAAAGGAAUGUAUGGGGCAAUGGGAUUGAGAACUGGGAUGUUGAGUACUGUUGCAUAUUAUGUACAUGGGGAUAAUAAGUUGGAAUCACCUAGCACUACCCCAGAUGCUGUUUUGGUUCAGAAUAUGAUGGCUAAGAUGCUAUAUAAUGGGACAGAGGCUGUAGUGAUGGAGACAUCUUCUCAUGGACUGGCUUUAGGGAGGUGUGAUGAGGUUGAUUUUGAUAUUGCAGUCUUUACUAAUUUAACGGGGGAUCACUUGGAUUUUCAUGGCACUGAAGAGGAGUAUAAGAAUGCCAACGCAAAGUUGUUUGCUAGGAUGGUGGAUCCGGAUAGACAUAGAAAAAUUGUUAACAUUGAUGACCCUAAUGCUUCUUUUUUUAUUGCACAAGGCAAUCCGGAUGUGCCUGUUGUAACCUUCGCUAUGGAGGACAAAAGUGCUCAUGUUCAUCCCUUGAAGUUUGAACUCUCCUUGUUUGAGACACAGGUGUUGGUUAAUACACCACAUGGUAUAUUAGAGAUUUCAUCUGGAUUGCUUGGGAAGCAUAAUAUCUAUAAUAUUUUGGCUGCUGUCGCUGUUGGGGUUGCAGUUGGGGCACCAUUGGAGGACAUUGUCAGAGGGAUUGAAGAGAUUGAUGCAGUACCUGGUAGGUGUGAGUUAAUAGAUGAGGAGCAGGCAUUUGGGGUAAUAGUGGAUUAUGCUCAAACGCCUGAUGCCUUGUCUAGACUGCUUGAUUCAGUAAGAGAGCUUGGGCCUAAAAGGAUUAUUACUGUUAUUGGUUGUGUUGGUGAGGGCGACAGAGCUAAGAGACCAUUGAUGGCAAAAAUUGCAACGGACAAAAGUGAGGUGACAAUGUUGACAUCUGACAAUCCAAAGAAUGAAGAUCCAUUGGAGAUCUUGGAUGACAUGCUGGCUGGUGUGGGAUGGACAAUGCAGGAUUAUUUGAAAUAUGGGGAGAAUGAUUACUAUCCACCUCUUCCUAAUGGUCAUCGUCUUUUUCUACAUGAUAUUAGACGAGUGGCUGUACGUUGUGCUGUUGCCAUGGGAGAAGAAGGUGAUGUGGUUGUGGUCACUGGCAAAGGCCAUGAGACAUAUCAAAUUGAAGGUGAGAAAAAAGAGUUAUUUGAUGAUCGUGAGGAGUGCAGGGAAGCUUUGCAGUAUGUUGAUGAGCUUCAUCAAGCUGGGAUAGACACCAGUGAAUUUCCAUGGCGGUUACCAGAAAGCCAUUGAUAUAGUUAUGAGGUCAGCAGCAGAGAAUAGGAUGUUGAGAGGCUACUCGGUGCCACUAUACUGUCGUUAUUACUGCUCUUAGCAUGAAAGCAAAUUCUGUUCGGUUCGCGUCAAAAGAAGAGUCUUGUGGGAUAUGUCUCUAAUUACAUCGAUAUACACAUACUUGAAGGAAAUUGAUGAUCAGUCCUUCAAAUAGGUUGAUGAUUCUGUGAAGGAACCUCAAGGGAUGAUCCUCCAUAGCAAUCAACAGUCCAAUUUUGUAAGCUUGGACGUUUUCUCAAACUGGGUGGAUGUGCAAAGCUGAUUAUACGCAUCAGCAAUGUAAAAUUAUUCUCAGCAAUGUAAAAUUAUUCAGUGUCCCAUUCAGUUGGGCAAAUUAGAUUGUAUAUAGUAACAACAUCAUUAUACUGCAGUAUAUUUCAUCUGUAUUCUCA